AUGAAACAGGUAUCACUACAGCAGAGAUCUUGAUUACUCAUCUGAUAUCGCAGUUUAUAAUAAUCGUGAUCCAAGUGUCGGUGGCGUUGAUUCUUAGCUUUGGACACUACGAUAUGGAUUGCGAGGGAUCAAUGUUUGGGAUCGUUGCGAUAAGUAUACUUUCAGCACUGUGCGGAAUGGUAUACGGAAUGAUAUGGCCGAUCGAGGGAAUGCCAAAGGUUCUUAAAUGGUUCAGUUUAAUGUUGCCUAUGACAGUACCAGGUAACACACUGAGAGAAAUCAUGCACAAAGGAACUGACUUCCACGAUCCGGACGUGUACUCAGGAUUUCUAGUGAUCAGUGCAUGGAUUUUGGGACUUCUAGUUAUUUCUCUGUUUCAAUUAAAAAGAUCAGGUUAAAACUGAUGCUGGAAAAGGACGUUAAAUCGAAUGAUGAAUCCCGCGCUUUCACAAGUUUCAUAGGGUUGUCCUCUUUGAAAUUUAUUAAUUAAAAAGAUUAAUUAAUUAUUGCGUUAGUUUGUAGCUGUAUAGUUAGUUUGUAUCUGUGUAUAUAGUAGUGAUUACAUGAAAAUGCAACGAAAAUGGUACAAC